AGUUCCUCGAGAAUCUGGAGAUUCCAAUGAUUUGAUGUUGGAAGAAGUGGAGGAUCUGUUCGGUGGGUUGUCUUCAGCCAAGUAUGACUUACAACGGCGACAACUGGGAGAACAACGCCGUCAAGAAUAUCAGCUUUUCCUGGAACAGGAAAAAAUCAAAAAGAGUUGUAAAAGUGGAUCAGAAUUAUAAAGAAUUAUUAAAUAAGAAACGAAAUGAAGAGCGAAAACACAACGAACGCAAUGGAGUGGAGGGCAUGGAUAUCGACGACUUUGAUCCUGUAGAGGACAACCAUACAAAUGGAUAUACAGUGCCAAUUGUGGGCCAAUUUUAUUGCUCCAACAAUAAGUUUAGUCCCGAUUUCAUAACACCCAGGAGUCGAUUAUUAGCCACACAUUCGAGUCGAUUAAAGGCACAAAAAUAUAGGGAAGAACUCCGCAAACAGUGCGAAGAAAGACAACGGAUUAAGGAUGAGGAGAGAGAACGCAUCCGUCUUGAGGAGGAAGAACUCGAA